AUGGAUGCUCUGUGUUUCAAGGCAGGGAUCCACGGCGUGCUGGGAGCCGCCGCCGCCGGAAACGGGGAGGUCCGAUUGAGCGACAGGCCGUCGGUUACGGCGGCGCCGCCGCAGAGGAAUUCGCCGUGGGGGUUCACUUUCCGUCACCCGCUCAGAUCCCUGUGGCCGGGGGGCAAAAUUCGGUACGAGCCGGCAAUCGCGGUGGACGACGCCGUUUUGGUGGAGGAGAAGGAGGUUGUGAGAGAGGGCGACGAUGAGUUAGGGCGGGGCGGGAGCUGGGUGUCGAAGAUUCUGCACGUGAGGUCUCUCUGGAAGGAGGAAGGGAGGGUUGGUACCUGCGUGGAGGAAAUGGGGGCAAAAUUGGAAGAGGGGAUUGAAAAUGGCGGUGGAGAGGACGAUGAAGGAUGUGAUCUGUGCACGGUUGAUUAUGAGGAUGAUGGUGAUGAUGACGAAAGGGUUGAAUUCGAUCGAGAAUCGUUCUCGAAGCUUCUGCAUAAGGUGCCGUUGGGUGAAGCCAGAUUAUAUGCCCAAAUGUCUUAUUUGGGAAGCUUAGCUUAUUCCAUCCCCCAAAUCAAGCCGAGGAACCUGCUAAGGUAUCAUAGAUUAAAUUUCGUGACUUCAUCCUUGGAGAAAAGAGAACAAGCAUUAAAUGAGAAGGCACCAGCCGAAGAGGGACAAAGAGAAAUCAAGCCAGAAGCACAAGCAGAAGCCGAAGAUCAAGAUGCCAAAAGUAGCCAAACGGAGCCUAACGGAUACCGAAUAAGUACAUCAGCUGCCUAUCAAAUUGCUGCUUCGGCUGCUUCCUAUUUACAUUCUCACACAAAAAGUAUCCUUCGCUUUAAAUCCUCCGACUCGACCUCAGAUGAAAAUCUACCUGAAAAAGUCAACGCGGAUAUAUUAGGCUGUGUUGACAUGAUGAAUCAAGAUGUGGCCUCAUUAAUGGCCACUACAGACUCAGUGACUGCAGUUGUUGCCGCUAAAGAGGAAGUGAAGCAGGCCGUUGCGGAUGAUCUGAACUCGACUCUUUCUUCGCCUUGUGAGUGGUUCAUCUGUGAUGAUAAUCAGAGUGCCACGAGAUUCUUUGUCAUACAGGGAUCUGAGUCGCUAGCUUCAUGGCAGGCCAAUCUUUUGUUUGAGCCCAUUCAGUUUGAGGGGCUGGAUGUUCUGGUGCACAGAGGUAUAUACGAGGCGGCAAAAGGGAUAUACGAGCAGAUGCUGCCUGAAAUCCACGCACACCUUAAGUCCCACGGCCCUCGAGCCGCAUUGCGUUUUACGGGGCACUCCCUUGGCGGGAGUUUAUCGUUGCUCGUAAAUCUCAUGCUUCUCAUAAGAGGCGAAGCUCCACGUUCGUCUUUGCUCCCCGUGAUAACUUUCGGUGCACCCUCGAUUAUGUGUGGUGGGGAUCGCCUGCUGCACAAGUUGGGGUUGCCUCGCAAUCACAUCCAAUCGCUUACGAUGCACAGGGACAUUGUUCCCCGAGCUUUCUCCUGCCAAUACCCAAACCAUGUGGCCAAGUUUCUCAAAGCUGUUAAUGGGAACUUCCGCAGUCUCCCAUGUCUUAAUAAACAGGCCAAAGGUUCGGGGGGCAACUCCGGCAAAGUGAACGGCGAGAAAGAUGGGAUCUUGAAAAUCGCCGAGGAUGAGAAGUUUUGCCCUAAAUUGAUUGAUGCGUGUAAAGAAGGAGAAGGGAUUGAAGAUAAGAGGACCAUCGGGCCAAAAACUGGGAAUUAA